GUGAUCCAGAACCCUGCAGAAUUAAACAGGAAGAGACUGAAGAACUAAUAGAUGUGAUGGUGAAGGAGGAGAGUGAAGAACUGAGUGAAGAUGAGGGGAAACGUCAUGUCAAGAGGGAAGAAGAAACUCAAUCAGAGACUGGCGAUAGUUUUUUAAUGGAAAGAACAGCUGUGAAAGGUUUCACCUGCACUCAGUGUGGAAAGAGUUUCAGCCAUGAAUACAAUCUCAAGCAUCACAUGCUGAUCCACACUGUAGAGAAACCUUACAAGUGUUCAUAUUGCAACAAGAGCUUCAGCCGUUCAAGAAACCUGAAUAAACAUGAGAGGAUCCACACUGGAGAGAAAACACACAGAUGUGAUCAGUGCAGGAAAACGUUUUUUCAUUCUUCAGCUCUGGAGAGCCAUCUUAGAGUUCAUACAAAAGAGAAGCCUUAUUCCUGUGCUGAGUGUGGAAAGAGUUUUACACUACAGUCAUAUUUAAGAAAACAUGUUAAGGUCCACACUGGCGUGAAAGAGUUUGUCUGCUUUGAGUGUAAGAAAAGAUUUAUUAGAGCUCAAGAACUGAAGCUGCACCUCAGGAUUCACACCGGAGAGAAACCGUACAAGUGUUCACACUGCGAGAAGAGAUUCGGACGGUUAGCCACAAUGAAAACACACGAGAGGAUUCACACUGGAGAGAGACCGUUCACAUGUACUCGGUGUGGGAAGAGUUUCAGGCAAUCAUCAUCCUUUAAUAAACACAUGCUGAUCCACACUGGAGAGAAAACACACAAGUGUGAUCAGUGCGGGAAAAUAUUUUCGAGGCUUUCAAUUCUGAAGGUCCAUCUUAGAGUUCAUACAAAGGAGAAGCCUUAUUCAUGGUCUGAGUGUGGAAAGAGCUUUACUCCGCAAUCACAUUUCAAAGACCAUCAGAAGAUCCACACUGGUGUGAGAGAGUUUGAGUGCUCUGCAUGCAAGGAGAGUUUUUUUACAUUAGGAGACUUAAAAAGGCACCAGAAGAUCCACACUGGAGAGAAACCGUUUGUGUGUUCACACUGCAACAAGAGAUUUACUACUUUAGGAAAUCUGAAAGUACAUGAGAGACUUCACACUGGAGAGAAACCGUUCACAUGUACUCAAUGUUGGAGGAAUUUCUCACAAUUAUCAAACCUUAAAAGUCACAUGCUGGUCCACACUGGAGAGAAAACACACAAAUGUGAUCAGUGCGGUAAAACAUUUUUAAGGCCUUCAGAUCUGAAGAGACAUCUUCGACUUCAUUCAAAGGAGAAGCCUUAUUCAUGUUCUGAGUGUGGAAAUAGUUUUACUCAGCAAUCCCAUUUGGAAGCACAUCAGAAGAUCCACACUAGAGAGGAACCGUACACGCACUCAGUGUUGGAAGAGUUUUGCACGAUCAUCAUCCCUUGAUAAACACAUGAUCGGUGCGGCAGGACAUUUUUUAAGUUUUGCAGUCUUAAGAAACUUCUUGAUCUUCAUACUGAGGAGAAGCUUUAGUCCUGCAUUUAGAUCUGAGUGCUGCAUUCGAUACUGUAUGUCACAGUAUAUUAUUGGACAGACUUCACUAGUGGAUCUGUUGAUCUGGAACUGUCAAACUGGUUAACAUCAUAUCUUUCCAAACGCUCUCAGUUUGUCUUUCUGUGUGCCAUUGCGUCAGUGUGUCCCACAGGGAUCAGUUCUGGGUCCACUCUUAUUUAGUAUUUAUAUGCUCCCUUAUGGGGUGGCUCAGUGGUUAGCACUGUCACCUCAAUGCAAGAAGGUCGCUUAGGCGACUCCCAACUGGGCCAGUUGGCAUUUCUGUGUGGAGUUUGCAUGUUCUCUCGUGUUGGUGUGGGUUUCCUCCAGGUGCUCUGGUUUCCCCCACAGUCCAAACACAUGAGCUAUAGGAGAAUUGGGUUAACUAAAUUGGCCGUAGUGUAUGAGUGACUAACCAGUAAUAUUCACAGUUUGGCCUGUGUAUUGGUCUGUGUAUUUGUCCCGCCCCUUCACCAUCUUAUGCCUAGUUCACACUAGAGGAUUUUAAGCCUGAUUUGAGCCCGAUUUGGAAGUUAAUAAGCUCGCUGACAGAUCGGGCUGUGAUCGGGAAG